UCAAAAUGGAGACCACAAGUCGACGUGUACUUCUGUUUUUAUUAUUAAGUGUUUUCAUUGUCCCUGUCUUUUGUCAGGAUCAUGACAACCUACACGGAAAUCAUGCACAGAAUGGCGAACGAGUCAACCCCAAAUUCAAACCCAUACUAGAGCACCAUGGUGCACAAUUAGGUACCGACAAGGAUGCUCCUGGUGUUCACCAGGUUGGAGUGAAUCAAGAACUUUUGAGACAACAGAGACCUUUAGGAUCUGGAAAGGUGCAGGAAGGCCAGUUACCUAAAGGAAGACCAAAACAUUUUCCACAGUUCAAACUGUCGGAACAACUACAGUGUAGAGAGGACAUCAAGAAAUUCUGCAACCCCAAAAUAGCUGAUAACAACUUCGAAGUCAUUGACUGUCUACAAAGUGAUGAAAAGAUUGCAGAUGAAGUAUCUAUAGAUUGCCAACAUCUUCUUUGGAACUAUAAGAAAAAUUUGACCAAAGAUGACAGAUUUGAAAUGGUUGCAAAUGAUGUCUGUAAGGAUGAUCUGCCACAGCUACAAGAGUGCAAUCAAUUGCCAAAGGGUAGCGGACAAAUAAUUCCAUGUCUGGUUGACAAUUAUCAGUCAGUUCAAGCAAAAGAAUGUCGCAGAUACCUAGAAAAAAUGUCUAAAAUUGUCUUCAGCGACUAUUCGUUGAUAUAUAAGUUCGCUGAUGCAUGUCAUGAUGAUAUCCAGAGAUUUACAUGUGGAAGAUUAGAAACUGUAGAAAAAGAGGACUCUGUACACAGGCAAGGAGCAGUUCUUGAAUGUCUCGUGAGGAACAUAACUAAACUGUCACAACAAUGUAAACAUCAGCUUCUACGAGUGGCCGAACUACAGUCAGAUGACUAUCACAUGGAUAGACCUUUAUAUUAUGCAUGUCGGGAUGCCAGGGAACAUUUCUGUCAAAAGACACCGUCUGGCAAUGGAAGAGUUUAUGAAUGUUUGUUUAAACAUAAGAUGGAUCCAGAUAUGCCAAUACAGUGUAAAGAAAAGUUACAAAGAAGACAGAGAGAAAUAGCUGAAGAUGUCAAAGUAGAAAAAAAGUUCUAUGUUGCUUGCCGCAAAGACAUACAAAAAUAUGAAUGUUUUAAACAUGGUCAAACUAAGGAUCCUGAUACAAAGAGGGCAACUGUACUUAUCUGUCUGGAGGAUAAUAUGAAACAAGAUGCAGAAAUUACACCAGAAUGUUUAGCAGAAAUGAAUGAAGUUAGACAAACAUUAUUGAGUGAUUAUAAGAUUAAUCCAGAACUAAUUGCUAAUUGCGAACAUGAAAUUAAAGCUUGUUUAAGCCAAGACAAUGAUGACAAGCUGGAGGAAGGACAAGUAGUCCAUUGUCUAAUGGAUAAGGCACGGACCAAAUCGAGGAAGAAGGCCCCUGAUAAUAGCGAACCAAUGUCUCCACAAUGUCAACGUGCUGUAGAAGAUUUAUUGUUAGAGGCUGAUGUAGGCAGUAACUUCCAGAUGGACAAAGUUCUCAUGAAAGCUUGUAUGCCAGUUGUACAGACAGCAUGUAGAAAUAUUCAGGCAGGAGAUGCCAGAAUAUUGAAUUGUCUGAUGGAAAAGAUAGACGAUGAUGUGAUGACCGAUGAAUGUGAAGAGAGACUCAUGGAAAUACAAUACUUUGUUAUGAGAGAUUGGAGAUUAGAUGCUAACCUUUUCAAACACUGUCAUGAAAAUGCCAAGACCCAUUGCAACGCCUCUCCUCAUUGGAACGAUAUGAAAUCCACUAAUGUUGACAACUGGGGAUUAGUUUUACCCUGUCUAUAUCGACACAUGAAAUCUGAAGACCCACAUACCCAGCUUUCACGAGCAUGUAAACAUGAGAUGAAGAGGGUGAUGAGGAAUAGAGCUAGAAAGAUAGAACUUGACCCUGAAAUAGAGGAAAAUUGUGUCACAGAUCUAGGAAGAUUGUGUUCGGACCAGGAAAAAGACAUUGCCAAAGGAGAUGAACUAUCAUGUUUACAAGACAACUAUGAUGAGUUAACAGAAGCAUGUGCUAAUGUAGUUGGUAACAUUACAGAAGAUGAGGACACUUACCUUGACCUUGAUGUUGUCUUAGUCAAAUCUUGUACACCAAUGUUGAAGCUCUUCUGUUCAGAGGAGUUAGAAGAAGAAGAAGAUGAAGAUGUGGUCAUGCAAUGUUUGAUACAACAUAAACAUCAUCAGAAAAUGGAUCCUAAAUGUUACGCAGGAAUAGAACAUCACCAACUUAUAUCUAUGAAGAAUUAUGAAUUCUCACAUAAAUUUAAAGAAGCAUGCAAAAAAUCUGUGAAGCAGUUCUGUCCAAAUGUAAAAAGAAAAGGUGAUGUUGUGACCUGUUUAAGUGAACAUGUAAGAAAUGAUACACUGAGAGAAUCUGAGCACAGAAUUGAUAAAAGUUGUAGAAGACAACUUAGAUUUGAAUCUAUGCAGAGGGGUGAAGAUAUUAAAUUGGAUGAAAAAUUAGAUAAAGCAUGUACUGAUGAUGUUCAGAAUUUCUGCUCCAAGGUUAAACAUGGUAAUGCUAAGGUUAUUGAAUGUUUGAAAGCACAUCAACAAAAGCUGUCGAAGAGGUGUCAUAAAGUUUUGUUUAAAAGAGAAAAAGAAGAAGUAAAAUUGGAUGCUGAUUAUAAACUGCACCAUGUUUGUAAAGGGAUGAUAAAGCAAUACUGUACAGAUGGGGAUCCUGAUAUAGUAACAUGUUUAGUUGGUCAUAAACAUGAUCCUAACUUUGAUGCAAGCUGUCGGGAGAUACUGGUCAGAAGACAGAUCACUAAAAAUAGAGAUUACAGACUAAAUCCUACUUUACGGAAGGAAUGCAGUAUGGAUAUCAGAAAGUUCUGUACUGAUAUUGUAGAGAGAGCUGCACCAGACCAAGAAAUGAGUGGUCAAGUUAUUUUAUGUUUAAGAAGACAAUUUGUUAAAAAGAAUUUGUCUGGUAGAUGUACAGAUGUAAUAAGAGAUGUCAUUAAAGAAUCAGCAAUGAAUUAUAUGGAGGAUGUAGCAUUGGCUAAUGCUUGUGAGAGUGAGAUAAAACAACACUGUGAUCCUGAGCAUCAGAAGGCAUUACAAGGAGCUGGAGAAAGAGACUCUAAUAGUGUUCUCCAAAUGUCUCAAGACGACAGUAAAGGAGAAGUUCAGCAAUGUUUAAUGAACAAAUUUAAAGAGCGAUUAAUAAAAAAUACAGAAUGUAAACAGCAAAUUGCGAGAAUUAUCCAGGAAUCUGAGAUAGAUAUUAACAUAGAUCCAAUAUUACAUACUGCUUGUCAGAAAGAUUUACAUAAAUUUUGUACAGAUGUAGAGGCUGGUGAAGGUAGAAAAAUGACAUGCCUUUUACAAGAAUAUGAAGACCAUCCCAAUAGACUGGAUAAAAGAUGCCAUGAACAAUUAAAACGUAGAAAAGAUUUGUGGGAAAUGUCAGUGCAGGUUGCUCCAGUUGAAAGUGUAAAUGAAUUAGUAGCACAAAUUUCAUCUUCACCUGCAAAAACCUAUCUUCUUGGAGUUAUUUGUUCAAUAAUAGGUGUUAUAUUUCUAAUAGGAAUUACCUGUGGACGAGUGACUAAACGUGUAUCAAAAGAAAAUAAAAUGAAAUAAAAUUACCAUUGUUAUACUAUAAUUAAAAAUACCAUGAAAAUAAGUUAAAAAAUUGUAGGGUUUGGGCUUUAUCUCAUUCUUCAUUCUGAACAAAUACCAUGCACAGAUAAAAUUUCAGGCAUAUGCUCUUUUUCAACUUGGAAUAUUGGUGAUGUGGGCAAUUUCAGAUAAACAUGUGAAGUACUCAACAAAGCACUAAAAAAAAAUUCAAAUUAUUUGGUAUUUUUUAUAUUUAUUGAAAAUAGCAUUUAUAAGUAAAGAUGUUCAAUCCACCCUUUGUUAUAUUUGACAUUUUCCUAAUACUUUGCAUGAUUAAUUGAACAGCUCUGAUGGUCAUGUACAUGCUGGUAUAUUGUUUUUCAUGAAAUCUUAUUUUUCAUUAUUUUGACAGCAGUUUUUAAAACUUUUCCAUCCUUUUUAUUCUGCUAAAACAUUCCAUCAGAUCACCUGGGUACUUUCCAUUAUAUAACAUUACAGUACAUCCAAUAGAAUUAUUAUCAUGGUAUUUUUAUGUAAAUUUCAUUAAAUUUUAUUUUUUUAUGUCUUUCCAUGGGUAUAUAAAUUUCAUAUUUUUUCUGUAUUGCAUUAAUUUGUUAGUGGGAAAUUAUUUAUAAUAUUUAUUGUGGCAUAAGACAGUGCUCUUUUUUUAAUUUGAAACCAGAAAACUACUAAAUUUGACAAAUUUAGAAUUUCGAUUAUAAUUUAUAACUUCAUACAAGGAUAUUUCCAGUUGACUAAACAGAAGAAUAUUUAUAAUCCAUUAUAUUUGCUUAAAUCAUGUUGGUUUCAAAGUGUAGUCUGUUUUGUAUAAAUAUCAUGUCCAGAUUAUACUACUAUGUUGACUGGUUAUUUCAGUAUAUAGUCUGUGCAUUUAACUUUUUCCUAACAUCACAAACACUUAUUUUAAGAUAAUAUUAUUGGACCUCAUUAUGAUAUAGACAGAUUUGAAUUAUGUUGAUGAUAGUUAAAAUAAAAAUUAUUAGUAAGAACAAAACUCAUAAAUUUUGAUUCAUUUGCAUUAUUUUGCUGAUCCAAUGGUAAUGCUUUGCUUUGAUAUUUAAUCUUUUGAAGUAUGUUCAUUAAUAAAUGUUAAUUUUUAGUAGAGAUUUUCAUAUAAACUUUGAAUUAGUUGCUGUAUGUCAAUGAUAUUUGGUAUGAUGAUUAUAACUACAGGCUGAAUUGUGAAUAGUUGGUAGUUUUGGUAUUUCUAGUUACUGAUACUCUUGAAACAGUUGUAAUAUGUUGAUGAUAUUUCAUAUGAAUAAGAGUGACACUGAGGAAAUUUGAAUUACUUGAAAUGUGUGGAUGAUUUUUGGUAUGAUGUUGGUCUAUAACUAGAUAAUGAUGGAAAUUUAGAAUCUCUUGAAGUAUGUUAAUGAUAUGUGGUAUAGGGAUUGUUAUGUGAAUGAUUCAUAUAAAUGUGAUAUCAGCAUAGUCCAGAAUUAGUUGGUAUUAACUGGUGUUAUUUCUGAACCCCCGAAUAAUACUUCAUUAUAUAGUACUUGCCAUAACUGUAAACCACCAGAGUAGUGUAAAUAAGUCAAGGUCUCAAAAUUUAUAUAUUUCUCUAAGCAUAUCUCUGUAUGAACAAAAUAAAAUUUAUCAAAACCUUUUAAACCAAAGUUGUAAAACCAAAUAACCUUUUUAUUAGGUAUUGUGGUAGUUUUAGUGAUAUGUAAUAUGUAUUGUACAGAUUCAGAAAUACUUGUAUUUGUGUGAAAUGGAACAGUUAGUCAGAUUCUGUUAAUUUUGACAAUUUUUGAGUUUUAAGGGUAAUGCAUAAUAUUUUGUAAUUAUUUUCACUGCUUUUUUUAUAUCCCAAUUUAAGUCAAGGGUAUUUCCCAGACUGGAAUUAAUUAUUUCCAUGAAUUUUUAAAUGCCAUGAAUUUACUAUUAUUGCAAAUAGAUUAUCAGUUAA